UUAAAAAGUGUAAAAUAUUGUUUUGUCUUGUUAGAUAAAUGUUUCAAAUAAAAUAACACACAUUAACCAUACAUCAUCGGGAAAAUGAAAGCAGAAUGGUCGAAGGCGUUUAUAGUGCGUCCACGCGAUAAUUUGCAGUCACAUGUUUACAUAAAACAGAAGAAAUUCGUACCAUCUUACGAGAAUGAUCCUUGUCCUAUUCCGAUGAACUGGCUCAUGGGCUGGGAGUACGCACGUAUUUGGUUGCGUGAGCGCGAUGAUUAUAUUAGUGCACGCCUGCGCAAAUCCAAAGCAAAAAGAAUUAAAAACGAUUAUACCGCUUGGCUUCUUAAACGACAAGUCAAACCUAAAAAAAUCAGCUAGCAAAUGAUUUAUAUUAGAAACACGAAUCUUAGUGUUGGCAGUUUAUUUUGAUUUAUUUUCAGAUUUCUAAAUUGUUUGUUAAUUUGUUUGAUUUGUAACACAUAGUAUAUUAUUAAUUAGACAUGAUAGCAUGCAGAUGUAUACUUGUAUCUAUGUAUCAAUUGCGAUAAAUAUACAUAUACAUAUAUGUAAAAUAUAAAUUAAACUCUUGUUUGUUUUGUACCAAAAUUGUUUUUAUAUUUCCCCAUUCCUUGUCAAUGCAUUGGCGCUAAAAUAAAUUAAAUUGUUAGUGGAAUUAUUCGUUGGAGUGUACACAUACUAGCCAGAAGAAGCUAUCAACUUUAAGCUACAUAUGUACAUGCAUACAGGGAUUGUCCGGUCCUAUCACUUUCCGGAACUUUACGAGUUUGACAUGUUUAUAUGUGAAUUUUAGUUUUUUCUACUUAGGACGAAUAUAGUUUAUGCAUGGUCCUAUUACUUUCCGGACAACCCUGUAUGUAAGUACUAUGUAUGUACAUAUGUAUGUACUGAUGUUUCUCUGCAAGUGGACCAUGUCUAUUGUAUGCAUGUAUUUUCUUUGAUUUUCCCAUAAUUUUCCAGUUUUCUGACAAUUAGCUGACGUUUGCUUUAAAUUCUUCCAAAUGGUACCAAAAGUUAGUUCAAUUAGUGUACUAACAAUUUGAUGUGCAAAAUUAAUUUAAAUAUAUUUUUGAGAUGCUUUUGAUUUAUACAAAUUUCUGCUUCGCCAGAACAUAGCACUUCCUAUCACCUUAACAAGACUGAAAUAUGUAGGUUACACACCCGGCUUCAGCGAUUGGAACAAACUGAAUGACCACGUACU